UCGUAGUUCAGCAGCAACAGCAGGCCUCUGCUCCCGGCAUCCUUCAGUCUCCCUUCUCGGCUUUAGGGGUUGAAUUUUCCGGCGCUCUCUAAAAGUUGUUGAGUAGUUAUUUUUAAAUACUGAAUAAUUUAUAAAUAAAAAUAUUUAUUAUAAAUAUUUUAAAAGUACUGUAGUUAUUUUUAAUGAGAAUUUUGUUAUGAAAAUACUUAAAUUCUGAAUAAGAUUAUGAAAAUUUUUAAAUUUAAAUCAAAUAAAUUAUAUUUUAAAUUCAAUUGAAAGUUAUUCUAGUUAUUAUAGCUUAGUCAUUGAUUUUCAAAGAUUUAUUAACUUUAAUUAUGUAGGCUUCCCAGAAUUUGAACAUACCUACUUUGAAUAAUUAUUAUAGUAACUAGUUUAAUUAAAAUAAAAUAGAAAAUCAUGUCGGGAAAUAGAUGCGCAUUUAGGAAAUGUUCCAACAGUCGUGCAAAAGUUAAAGGAUUGAAGAUGUUCUCCUUUCCCCGGGAUACUGACACAGCAAAGAUCUGGGUGAACAACUCAGGGAAUCCAGAACUGAUAGAAUUAUCACCAAAAUCACUUGGUAAAAAGGAGAUAUGCGAGCAGCAUUUCCAACAGCAGGAUAUUUUACCCAGUGGACGUCUCAUGAGAGGUGCCUUUCCGCAAGUCUAUUGUGGCUGUGACAGUGAUCCGGGCCCAUCCACAACCAUUCACUCAUCUAGUCCAGCUUCUCCUCGUUUCAACAUAACAUUGGCGUCACCAAUGUUUCUAUGAUGCAUCGGACCAG